UCGCACCAAUUCGUUUGCAAAAAAAAUGUUUUAGUCAACCGGCUCAGAUUUUGGUAGCUUUUUUGUUCCUUUAUCAAUUCCUGGUUAUAGUUUUAAAAAAAUAAUCGGAAGAGUUAGCUUACAAUAAUUUAUUCGUCGUAGGGUAAUCCUGAUUGUAUAAAAAGUGGACAUGUCAAUCGCCUAAUCGUUGAUGAUCUGAAGAUCGGCAUCUUGAUGAACCAGUUGGUGCGUGCGUAAAUAUUCUUUGAAGUAAAAUAAGGUCGACGUUUCAAAUUGAAACUUUCAACGUUUACGAUCAGUUGGAUUGAUGCUGCUGUUAAUUCCUCGUCGUACUCAUUGUUUGUAUAAAAUCCUUCGUCCGACAAAUCAUUUUGAUCAGAGUCGAGGAACACUCGCAAUACCCACUGUCAAACGUGUGGUAGGAUAUCAUCAAGUUUGUAGAUAUUAUAAUACACAAAUUUGUAAAAUUUCGUGUUUAGCUAGUGUUCGCCAAAACACUAUAAGCAAACUUGAUACUCGACAACCUGGAGUAACUGCUAUGGCGUCGCAAACAUCAAGAUCAGCAGUUGUGAGAUAUUCCCCUGGGGAGGAAAGGUUCCAACUUAAAUUGAUUCACAACAAGAAAGUAUUUAAUUUCGACAGAGCAACUUCCGACUCAUUGGAAGCCCUGAUAAGCAGGAUAGUCGCAAAUAUGUCCAAAAAGAUGAAAUCCUGGGAUGGAGUAGUGUCACUCUUAACGUCUCGAAACGGGAGUUGGACCGAGAUAGUGGAUAAAUCUAUCCCCGUAUCUAAAUUACUGCAAGACAUUCAUCUAGAAGGAUCUUUCAAUAAGUUAAGCAUCAAAAUCUCAGAGGAAAGGUACGACGUUGUGUUCAAUCCGCCCGAAGUUUUUAGUAUCAAGUUUCUCAAGGGUGCCAUUGUAGGAUUUCCAAUUGUUCCCUACAAAAUUGACACUAGUAGUAAUUUCGACAAACACGCUUCAAAGUAUCACUGGGAGUACUCAUGGGAUCAAAAAAAGGAACCAAACGUUGUGAAAAAGAAGAACCGUCAGACAAAUCCUAAUAAUUCGACGACGAGUGAUGAUGACUGCAGUUGGAAGGACACUGGCUGUUCUGAAUGCAUAUUUACUCCUGGGGUAGAAUUAAUUGGUGCAAGAUUGCGAUUGACUUUCCUCCCCUCAGAUGGGGCGUGUUUUGGACUUCCGUUUACAGAAGAGAUACCAGAGUUGGUGACCGCUCUGCCCGUGGAGAAACCUUUACUUGUUGAACGACUUGAACGAAUACUGAAACAUGGUCCAACGGAAGAGCAAAGAAAAGAGACAAACUUCCUCAGAAUUGUUAGCUAUAACUGUUUGGCAGAAUGCUACGCUACUGAAGAAUGGUUCACCUCAUCACCAAAGGCAUCGUUACCUGCUGAAUUUCGACUUCCGUUCCUUUGCAAGGAAUUACUAUCUUAUCAAAGUGACGUAUAUUGCUUGCAGGAAGUUGACGACAAAUAUUUCGAUAGACUUUUCACUCCAUUUCUCGAGCACACACUGGGCUGUAAAGGAUUCUUCUCUUGUAAAACUGGGAGUGUCAAAGAAGGCGUCGCAAUGUUUUAUAACCCCAAGAAAUUAGAUUGCAUGAAAAGUGAGACAGUCGUAAUUAACGAACACUUGAAGACGAUGCCAAUAUGGAGCAAACUUAUGGAACAAAGUUCAAUUGUGGAACGGGUGGAUGAAAGGAACUCUGUUCUUCAGGUCUCAAUUUUUAAGGCCAAAGCUCAAGAAAAUACUAUCAUAAUUAUUGCCAAUACACAUUUGUACUUUCAUCCUGAUGCUGACCACAUUCGCUUACUUCAAACGAUAGCAUGUGUAGACUAUAUUGAAACUGUGUCAUCCGAGAUCAAGAAAUUUGGAGAAUUUAAAGUAUGCGUAAUGUUUUGCGGAGAUUUUAAUUGCACUCCACCGUUUAGUUCGUUUCGAUAUCUAACAACUGGCAAGAUUGAUGACGACGAUUUGGACUGGACUAGUCAUUCGACGCAAAAGUUGCAACCUGGAAUUUCUUUGCAACACAACUUGGAGUUAACCAACUCUGAUCCGGAACACGCACUUUCAAAUAUUACAACAUGUUUUGAGGGAUGUAUCGACUAUAUUCUUUUCCAGUCUCAACAUUUCAACCUGAUAUCUGCGUAUCCUCCCCCAGAUAAAACAACGUUAGCAGAUUUAUGCAAUGUUAGCGAAACACGACUUGUGUCCUUGCCAAACUUUUAUACCCCGUCUGAUCACUUACCUUUGAUAGCAGAUUUUCAACUCCGGUCAAAGCAAUGAUACCCGUGAUAGUUAACUAAUAGUGGUAGGAGGGUAUGCGACAAGUCUAUAUUUAUUGCAUAUGUAAAAUUAUGUGUGGAAAAGUUAUGAAAUACAGAUUUAUACCAAA